AUGACAAAAGUAGACCACGCAGAGAGGACAGCCCACGAGCCACGCGACCCCUCGCUGCAUAAGACCAUUCUGGAGCGCGUGGAUGAGAUCAACGCCACCAUCCGAACAUUCCGCCUGUUCCUACCAGGCCAGUGGCUCGACGUCUUUGUCCCCGGGAUCUCGAAACCGGGCGGCUUCACAAUCACGUCCCCGCCGUCGAGGGCGCAGGGCACGCCGCUGUCCGAGGAGGGCGGCAGUCCCUACCUCGAGCUCGCGGUCCAGAGGUCGCCCGAGAACGCGGUCGCAUCCUGGCUGUGGAGGCCGGCGGUGGAGAUUGUGUCUUCGGAGAUCUGGGUGCGGGUUGGCGGGAGCUUUGUCUGGCCGCCGCCGGGCGUUGUGCCUACGACCCUCCGCAAACUCGUUUUCAUAGCCGGCGGUGUCGGAAUCAACCCCCUAAUGAGCAUAAUCGCCCACCUCGCCGAGCAGCCUAACAGUUCGCGGCACAGAGUCGAGGUCCUCUACUCGAUGCGCGAUCCAGGCGAAGGCAGCCGGGAUCCUCGCAAGUUGCUCUUUGUGAGUCGUCUCGCGAAGAUAUUAGGGCAGGCUGGAGAAGGGGACGGACAGGUUCAGGGGCGGUUGACGUUGUUUCUCACCCGCAGAGAUGGUGAGGGUGAAGACAGUGGUGGUAGGAUUGAUGGUGAUGAUGUCAAGCUGGACGGUCUUGACCUUACUUUUGAGCCCCGGCGGAUUACGAUCGAGGACAUCAAAAUGGCUAUCGGGGCAGAUAGGCGAUUCUGUGUCGUCUACGUCUGCGGUCUUCCAGACAUGACGGAUGAGUAUGUCGAGAAGCUGACGUCGCCUGCCGGCAUGAGCCUGGAGCCGCACCGGGUUCUUUACGAGAAGUGGUGGUGA